GCAAUCCUUUCACAACCCAGCCCAAUUAAUCAAACACUUCAAAUUUAUUCAAAUACAAAAAUACAUGCAAAUAUUAGCUUUUUGGGGGAUUUUGCGAAGUUUUUAAUGGAUUCGAAGUGUUUUUAUAGUCACGGGUGGUGCGUGACGUAACGAGUGACCCCUUCCACAGACACGAAAAGAAAAGUAAAGUAAAUUCACGCACUUGCUAUUCUUUCAGCCAGUCUGUAGUGAACUUCGGUAUCAAGAAAUAUCAAGUUAGUCAGAAUGUCCAAACUAGUGUUUUGUUUCGUCAUCUUGGCGGUCGCCUCCGGCGCGCUCGCCUACUCGGCCGGCGCGCCCGAGUCCGUUUGCGACGACAUGACCCCCAAGCACCCCGUCGACCCUCAAAAAUCCCAGAGCCCCUACAAAGCCACCGUCGGCAAAACCGCAGUGAAACCUGGAGAGACUGUCGACAUCAAAAUCAGCGGACCGUCGCUCAAGGGCGUCCUGGUGCAGGUCAGGGCGGCCAACAAAGCCGUCGGCUCCUUCGUCAUUCCAGACGACGAUAGACACUUGAAGGCCAUCAACUGCCAUGGUAACAAAGCUAGCGCUGCUACACAUAAAAAUUCCACUGACAAAAAAGAUUUGUUACUUAAAUGGAAAGCUCCAUCUGCACCAGGAAAAUAUACUGUCUAUUUGACUGCUGCUCAAGACGGUGGUGUAUUCUGGGUGGCCAAACCAGGACAAACUAUCAAUGUUAAUUAAGCAAACUGUCGAUAUUUUUUUAAACUGUUUUUAUUAAAUUUUAACUUGUAAAUUUUCAUUAAUAAAGUGAUUUUAUAUUA